AGGAGUCAGCGCAUCAUCAGCUGGAUUUUACAAAAACCGCCAUCAUGCAAAAGAAAAUAUCGUGCAAGCGUUGCCAAUAUCGUAAACUCAAGUGCUCCAGAACAGAGCCAUGCGAAAGUUGUUCCGAAGCAAGUAAACCAUGUGAGUAUCGCGAGCAAGAUAAGAAGAAAAGGCCAGUGUCUUCAAAGUAUGUGUCUGAGCUUGAAGAACGCAUCGCGUAUCUUGAGGGGUUGAUCAUAAAGAUACGCGACACGGUCCCGGAAGCGCGGAGCAUUGUAUCAGAGACAUCGGGAUUUGGCGAAAUUACUCUUCCUCCAAAGAUUCAAAGUCAGCCUUCGCCUGCGGUCAUUAGUCCGCAACCUGAUAAUCUGGAACCUGAUCCGGAAGGAUCACUUAUCUACCAUGGUCCGACGAGUAUCAUCCACGGGAAGCUUCCUCAGGCAAACAGGGUGGCUGCGCAUCCGGACAACUCAACACUUGAUGCAAACACUGAUUCGAACUUUGGACAAGUCGCGCAGCAUUUCGGCAUCUCCCUGGAUAAUGACCUUGUUACGAGCGCACUGAUGCACUUCUUCAAGUGGCAAUAUCCGCAGUUCAUGUUUAUUUACCGCGAGGCAUUUCUACGGGACCACUUUGGUGACCGACAGAGUUGCAAAUACUGGUCCUCUGGGCUGGUUCUAUCCAUAUGUGCCCUGGGCCUGUUAAUGUCGCCCAAUGCUGUGCAGCGACGAGCAAGUGAGCAAUUUUUCAGCGCUGCUGAAACGACGCUUAUAGUGUAUGGCUUCGCUCGACCGUCAAUCGCUACCGUUCAGGCUUUUCUAUGUCUUGCGUUUUACGAAAUAGGGCGAGGAAAUAUGUCCAAAGGCUGGGGUUUCUCAGGUAUCGCCUUUCGAAUGGCGCAAGAUCUUGGCUUCCAGAGAGAUCCGAAGAAAUGGGUCUCAUGCGAUACAUCAUUGGCGACCCCAGAAGACAUAGAGAUUCGAAGACGAAUUGUCUGGGGUUGUUAUACCUCUGACAAGCUCAUUAGUCUGACUCUCGGCCGACCAGUCUAUUUCUCACACCAUGAUAUAGAAGUUGAGAACUUGGAACGACUGCCAGAUUUCCCGGAGUUGGAGUUCUGGCUUCCCAUAGGGUUUGACAGCCAACAAGGCGAUUUUGGUGAAACCAAACCAAUGGUUCCAUGCUUCCAAAAGCAGAUCGAGUUGUCCAAGGUCAUCGAGCAGAUACUAGCGACUUUGUCCUCGCAAAGCGCAGCUCAAGAUGGCCUCGCUUGCCGAGGGCACCUCGAUAAACUGAAUUUGGAACUUAGCCGGUGGGAAACGUCUCUGCCACAGUGUGCUCAAUGGAAUAAGUGGGAAACUCCGAGUACUCUCCUGAUUCCGAGCGUGGCUUCUUUGCAUUUACUUUUUCACAGCAUUCGGAUCGUCACCAACAUCGAUGCCGCAGUCCACCAUGAGUCGACGAAGAGUAAAGACUAUUGCAAUUCAUCGGCUCAGAAUAUUAUUGCAUUGGUUCGAAAAUACCGAUCCCAGUACGGGAUGAGAUUCGCACCGUUUGUCCUCAUAUAUAGCUUGGCACAAGCGUCGCGUUGCAUGUCUAUGUUCGGGACGGUGGAAGAGGUGAAUUAUAUCGCCCGAAUACUCGACGAGUGCUCGCGUACAUGGUCGAUAGUCCAUCAAUUGAGAGACGGAGAAGCGCCAACAGUAUCAUGGUAGCGAGUAUUAGGACAUGGAAAUACAGACACCAAUUGCAGUUGGAAUCAUGUUGUGAUAGCAAUGGCGGUUGACUAUAUAGCUCGUCACAGGAUUUACAGAGUACCAUGGCAUGUCUGACGUUUAUUAAACUCACGAACAUGCAACCCAGCUAAGUUCUCCUUAUAUCUAAGGUACAGAGAUUCCCGUUUCAAUACCACUUCUCAGAACCGA